UUUAGAUUCUCCUACGGUUCGGUCUGAAAAAAUAAAAUGAAAUUUGUCUGCUCGGUAAAACUACGCAUUCUGAGUGCCUGAAAUUGCAUUUUAAAAAUAGCCCACCACCACUACUUAUAGGUGGUAUAUAUGUGCUAUAUUGUUUUUAAGAAUGCCGACAGUGACAUGGAAGUUAUUGUUGAAAAUUCAUCAUAGAAAUUAAAAGAAAUAAUAUUGCAAAAAAAAAAAAAACAACGAAAAUUCAAUUUUAAAUAAAAAUUAAUUUUAAAAUAAAACAACAACCAUAUACACCAACUCAAUAUAGCAAAAAUGUAAAGCAAAAAGCUGGAAAUAAACAAAAUAUCACUAAAACUUAAAAAAUAAAAACAAAAUCGUAAAUAAUAUUAUAAAAAUUACUGUUUAAUUCAAAAAUUUCCUAGCCGGUGUUCGAUCGCUAUUAUAAAAAAUAUUCCUAAAAAUUAAUUACUGUAUUCAAAUCUUAUAAAAAUAUUUCUUGUUAUUCCGAAAUAAAGUGUCGUAAUUCAUUGCAAUUUUCCAUGUGUGAGUUUUGAUUUAUAAAUAAAUAUUUUGAAACACGGUUGUAUUUUAUAAUUUUGGAAGAAAAAUAUACAAAACAUACAUACUUUUUGUAUUUGUGUUUACAUUGUAAAAUAUAUUGUUGGUAAAAUAAAGAAUAAACUCAAAAUAAACAAAUACUUAUUUGUAACAUCAAACAAAACAAUUUCCAUAGAAUUCAUAAAAAACAGAGAAUUAUUGUUAAGCUGCAAUAUAACAAAAUAUUCUGGAAAAUCCAAUGAUAUAUUUAAGCUGAUUCCUACAAAAUGUCGAAGAAACCCCGAGGGAGCAUUCAUAAAAUUCGUGAAUUCGAAUUGGAAAAGAUACAUUUGGUCGAUGAAUUCGAUAUAUUACAAAUUGUUGGCGAAGGAUGGUUUGGCAAAAUAUUAUUGGUCGAACAUCGAGCCUCUCAUACAGAAAUGGUUUUGAAAGCAGUGCCCAAACCAUAUGUUUCAUUAAGAGACUUUUAUAGAGAAUUUCAUUAUGGUCUUCAUUUGGGCAUACAUCGAAAUAUUGUAACGACAUAUGAUGUGGCCUUUGAAACAGCCGGCUUUUAUGUUUUCACCCAAGAAUAUGCUCCACUGGGUGAUCUUACUUCAAAUGUCACCGAUACCGGUGUUGGUGAAGUUUAUAGCAAGCGUGUGGCGAAACAAAUUGCUUCGGCUUUAGAUUAUAUGCAUUCAAAAGACAUAGUCCAUCGUGAUGUUAAACUGGAUAAUGUUUUGAUAUAUCGUUCCGAUUUUUCACGUGUAAAACUAUGCGAUUUCGGUGAAUCAUAUCAGUCUGGUACGGUGGUCGAAAGACGCAAUGAAUGGCUGCCCUAUAGUCCACCAGAAGUAUUAGAUAUAAAACCAGAGGGAACAUAUAAAGCCGAUCCUAGUCACGAUGUUUGGCAAUUUGCCAUUGUUAUAUUCGUAUGUCUGACAGGUUGUUUGCCCUGGCAAAAGGCAGCAUCCGAUGAUCCUCGUUAUGUACGCUAUUUAAUCUGGCAGAAUACCAUGAUGUUGGCUAUACGACGUACACCAAAGUUAUUUAAAUUACUUUCAUCAAAGGCGCAACGUAUGUUUAAGAGAUUUUUGGAGCCGAGAGCAGACAAAAGACCGAAAAAUCUCACCGAUUUGACAAAGUUUCUGGAUGAUCGUUGGCUGGCAAAGACUGCAGAAAAGGAAAUGGCCGAAUAUGAAACAGAUGAACUAUGUCCAUCUAUGUAUUCCUUUCACAGUAGUCCAGAUGAAAAAAAUCGUUUGCUGUAUAAUUUGGCCGAUUGUGGCAUAGAGACAAAUGUUGAUAGACACACUAAGAAAAUGCGUAUCAAAGAAUGGAUUGAAUCAUCGGUAAUAACAGAAGAAGAUGAGGAGGAACUAGAUGAAAACAAUUCAGCUUCAUCUCCCUCUUCUUCGGUUUCUCGAGAACCUGUACGAGGUCAUAUAUCAUCGUUGCGCACUCCUUCCACAGAAAAACCUAAAGAAAUAAAAACUACUCUAAAAGAUGCCAAUCAAAAACAUUUUGAUCCACGCACUGGAGUGGUGCAACAAGGUCCAAGUGAAAUGGGUGUCGUUGCUAGACCAAAAUCUGAAAGUCCCUUUUCGACGGCCAGUAACAUGUCCAUGAUGAAUAACAAUGAUAGUUUGGCCGGUAGUAUUCUAACAUUAGGCUCACGUCCCGAUUUAUUAGCAAGUAACAUGGAAAUCUAUAAUUCCACAAGUACAGAUCUAAAUCGUUUAGGUGAGCUUAACGGUAGUCUCGACCAACUCUCCUAUCAAACGCUUAGCAAUAGUAAUUUAGUAUUAACAUCGGCACAGGGUGGUGAUUUUGUGGCAACUCCACAACAGCAAUUGGCAACAACUAAAAAUUCGAUUGGCGUUAAUACGGGACGUUCUCCUGUACCCAAUAAAAGUAUUUUACAACGUUCCAAAUCGGAUAAUCUCAGAGCCGCCCUAUUUGCCAGUACUCCCACUUUAGAUAAAAAUAGUUUUGGUUUGAAUACGCCAAAUAUGGGAGCCGAACAAUCUAACAAUAAUAACAACAAUAAAUCGGUUACUUUUAUGGGCUUGGCUAAUUCUUUUCAAACUUUGGCACCCAUCAUAAUGCCUGCAAAUCUAAAUCUUAAUAUAAAUAAUAAUAACAAUACUUCCAAUACUAAUCAAAUAUCAACCUCGCAAAAUCCGAAUCCAAAUCAACCACCACCGCCAACCUAUCAAUAUAACAACAAUAAUAAUGCAAAAUCUCCUUAUUAUGAUUCUCCAGUUAAAGACAGUGCUUAUGGUUCAUCCGAAAUUAAUAAUGAUGCUUACACCACCUAUCAUCCAACGUCGAAUGGUAAACUAAAUGGUAAUGCAUCCUCACCCAUACGACAGAAUACCAUGAUGUCGACAGUACGAACUCAAAGCUCUCAGCAACAGAGAGGCUAUACAGGAGCUUUAACGUCAAGUAUGAAAGAUACUGCGUACGAUCGACCAGCUCAAAUGAAUAAUUUAAGAAGAAAAUGAGCAAACAAAUUAUCGAUUACGAUAAUUUAAAGUCAAAUUAUCAUUACAUUAAUAUUUUUAAUUAUGUAUUUUUAUUGUUAGUUUUUAAAUAAAGAUUUUUAAAAUAAACCUUAAAA